AUGUUUGAUCUUGUGUACGAUGUAUUUGGCAAAAUCAACUGUGCAAUGAAGUUGAUGCGAAGCUCGCCUAUCGGACAGUUUCACCAAUUUGCCCGAAUUUGUCAGUUGAAGCGCAAACCAAUGAAAGCCGAAAAGGUUGUGAUUGGCAAAGGGAACAACAAGUGCAGUCUGAAACUGAUGAAACUGUACAGUUUUCAGCCGAAUGUGAAGAACUGCCGGAGACGUAAAUUCGGCGAGCGCGAGCGUGUGCACAAACCGGAACAGCAUCAUGACAGUUCCACUCGCGGUGAAAAACUACUAUCUGGCAGAAAGCAUGUGGGACCGAUGGUUGAUCAGCUAUUGAUGGCAGGGUAUCAUUCCGGUGCUCUGCGAAAGCCGUUUCCAACUCUUUCCCGCACACUUAUCCAUAAUGGUCAUAAUGGUCUGAGUCGUUUGCCUCAGGCAGGUUGGGUAUAUCAGAUAGAAUACUAUUUGAGUUUAAGGGAGCGUGAAAUCGAAGACAAUCGCGGAUUCCACGUUGGGGCAUUUGGGGGCAUUAUUAUUUGCAUUGAUAAAACCGGUCGAAUGAACAGUGCAUUGCUAUGA